AUGACUCUCCACAUGCUCCGUAAGCUCCCCACAAAGCCGCUGCUUCACCGUGGAAUGUCUACACGCGCCAUUCCGACGCUUCUGACGGAGGAACAACGUACCGCUGCUUUCCAGCAGAUCACCAGCGCCUGGGAAGAGGUGCCUCACCGUGACGCCAUUCGCCGCAAAUUCGAGUUCCGUGACUUCAACGAGGCCUGGGGCUUCAUGAACCGAACAGCGCUGCUAGCCGAGCAAAUGGGCCACCACCCGGAGUGGUUUAACGUGUACAACCGUGUGGACGUGACGCUCAGCACCCACGACUGCGGCGGUUUGUCCCAGAACGAUAUUGACAUGGCCAUCGCCAUGAACAGCUACGCCCAGGCGCUGUGAUUCUCUUAAUAUCUCAAUGAAAAAAGCUAGCGACAUGAAGAGUUUUA